AAGUAGGUUUACCAGAAGGGUGCGAGAAUUUUGAUAUGCUCCCUUCAAUGUUCGCUGGAGGUAAAUUUUUAUACGCAUGUGGGAUGCUACAAGGGCCCGUAGAAAAAUUGUUAGAAGAGUUAAAACCCCAAGCAAGCUGCUUAAUUUCUGAUAGGUGUCUCCCAUGG